GCCAAUGGCUUAAUGCGCCCCUCUCGCUGCGCCGAUUCAUGCCACCGGCCUUGGACAGGCUCCUCGCCAGCCCGUCUGCGUUGAGACUCCUCCGCACCCUCGCCACUGCCCACGCACCGCCAACUGCGUGGCUGCACGCUGCCGAAUGCGUCGCCUGCAUCUGCCCUCGCCGUAGCUACGCAACCGGGCCGCCGGACGACGAGGGACCGCGAUGGAGGCGCUGGAAGGAGCAAGAAGACCUGCGUCGCCAUGUGAAAGAAAAUCUCAAGGUCUUCAGACAGAGGAGGCACGAGCCAGAACGCGUCGAGAGCGUCCAGGAAUUGGUACAGAGGCUGCAAGAGGCGGUGAGGAGCCAGGGGCGCGAUGAAAUCCUCAAAGAAUGGAUAUUGCGCACUCGGAUCGGCUUCGAGCUGCCUACGGACGAUACACGAGAAGCCGAAGUCCUCUGGGGGACAUUUAUCAAGGACCCUCGGGUCGUUGUAGAGCUCCUUGCCUACGCUGCAGACCUUCGCAAAAGGACCGGCCAUGUCUAUCCGCGCCUGUACGAACUGUGCAUAGCCCACUGGCUGCCCAAGCCGAUGCAUCAUAGGCAGGCAUUGGCAUACCACCAGUUUAUGCGGCGCGAGCUCCAGCUCGACCAACUACCGCUGCAACAUUUGGUGCGAAUCCUCAAAAGACGUUUGCAGCCCGCCAUGUACGACACCCUCCUGGAAAUUUACAAGGAUAGCAGCGAAACGAAUCUGUACGAUGAAGUCGUUCCCCGGUUGAGACGUUUUCCUGCAUGGGCUCUCGCCUGGCACGCAGCAUGCAUCUUGAAAGGUGAUCUUCCUUCACCUGAUGUCGCUGCCACUCCCAUGGUCCGAUCAUUCAUAGCUCACAAUGCGACUUCUUCCAUCCCCGAAGUACGCAAAAACGCUGCCGUUGCUGGAAGUUUGGGACUUGACGACAAAAUGGACCAGGCCCUUCUGCGCCGUCUUCGCGGUCAGGACACAGCUCCUGUCCGUUUUGAGGAUUCGUUCUGCGCCAGGAUGUUCGCUACCAGAGCAGUUCCUCCUGAAUCUGUCAUCAGGGGGCUAGCUUUGGUAGGCGUGAACGAGAUCGGGCCCCUGGCUGUACGUGCUAUGGCGUCUAGGACAGAUCCCAUCUCUGAGCUGUCCCAGAGAUUUGAAGAAUUGAGAGCUUCAGGGAUUGCGCUGCAGGGAUGUGUAUUUUCGUUGGCCUUGGAGAGUUUCGCUGAACAGAAACAACAUCUCUUGGUGCAAAGCAUGCUCGAAAGCGACCAGCAUCCUGAAGUCUACGACAAUGCAAAGCUUCAGACGGAGCUCCUCAAUCACUACCUUGAACAGCAUGACUGGAACCAGGCCCAUCGCACGCUGGCGAUCCUCAGUCUCUUCCAUCAGCAGCGUGCAACGCGAGCCUGGAAUCUGCUACUCCAAUCCUACAGUGAAAGACGUUCCCCGAGCGGUAUUGUGCAAACCUUGCAGAGUAUGGCUCAAUGCAAAAUUGCCGUGGAAUCGACCUCACUGGUCAAAUUGAAGACUGACCUUCUCCCGUCCCGACAUCGAGGGCACCAUCCGGGUAGGCGUUCAGGUCGGCCAGCCGUGACAUCUGACCGGCCCCGGACAUUCGACGAUCUGCGCUUCGUCGCACGUGUGUAUCUGUUCAUCCUGGAAAGGGACAUGGCAUAUAUUCAUCCAUUGAAUUGGCGUGAGAUAUUGCGACGUUUUGGGAUGGCUUACCGUUUGCGCGAGCUUCGACGUCUAGUCCAAUGGCUUUGUUGCUGGUACACACCCCGAGGAGAAGAACUACUCAGCACAGUUCGCGAACCGGUUUUUUUGAACCCUGCUAUCAAGAGGUCACGCUCCUUAUUAUCUGCAAGAGUAAUAGAAUCGAGGCCAUUGGCGACUGGACAUCAGAUGAAAGGCCAGAUGCAUCGGAACCACCCCCUACGACUAUUGUUUCCCGAUUCUUUCAAACAAGCACUUGUUGUAUGGGGCUUCAGAGCAGGACUUCUCUCCAACGCAACAGUCGAGCAGUCUUUGCUCACAGGUUCGAAAGACCUGGGUAGAGAAGGCAAGAAGCGCCAUCGCCGCGCCCUCCGUCAAGCUCACAUGGUUCAACGCCUAAGCUGGGACUCUGGUCUCAAGAUGCUCACGGAACUCCGCGAUUUAGGCCUACACGUUAGUUCCUCGCCGGUCGUCACAGCACUGAAGGUAGUGUUUGUCAAUCUGUUUGGUCGAGGCCGAUCUCGGAAGAUACACAACCGCAUGAUGGAGGCCGCCAACAAGACUAGGUACGAGGAAUACGUCCGGCGGGUGAACGAGAUCUGGGGCAGACCAUUGCUCGUGGAGCCAAGGAUGUACGGCAGGUCCAACUCGCAUUCUCUCAUGUGGCAUCCGAGGUUCGAUCGCGUCGUUCCUAGAAGGAGCCACCUGAAACUCCAGGAGAUUGUUUCUGACAAUGCUGUCUAUGCUCACCAGGGAGGAUAUGUACAUCAAUAUGUACAUGACAAAUUGGAGCAGGAACCGGCACAAUCCCCAGAGCAAGGUGAUCCCCUUGCGCAGCACGCCGAUCCUUCCGAAGACCCGGGGCUCCAACAGCUUCUCGCCACGUUCGAAGCGCAGACCAGAGCUAUGAAUCCUGAUGCAGUCCCGCGACGAGAGAAGCCUGCCGCUACCCUGCCCGACUCAGCGACUAAGACUAGUUCUUCGACCUACGAGGACUGUGAACCCACUGCCGGAGAAGCAAUGGAUGAUGAGCAGGAGGAGCGACGGUCUUAAUUCAUACUUGUAUAUAUACCAAUCUUACCAUGGUGUACAAUCAACGACCUGUAGAGAUACCUUCCAAAUUUGUACCAUAGACACCGCCCCGCGCGCAAAUGCAACCAUGU